CCUCUUCAUUCCCAAACCAAAAGCCCCAACUCCUUAUAUCACAGAUUCAUAUUAUAUUUUUUUCCCCAAACCAAAACCUAAUCUCUCAGUAGCAGCCUCUCUCUUCUAGAUCGUUCUUUGAUCUCUCAUCUCUCUCUUUGGCAAUUGGUGAGGCCGGUGGUCAAACUUGCAGCAAAACCUCCAGCUACGACAUAGUUGUCGUCACUCUUUCACUCUCUUCUACUCGUUCUUUCCUCUCUUCUUCAUCAACACCUCUGGAUUGGUUGCGGCUCCACACCAUUGAGGUCAGUCAAAUCAAAGACUCACUUGUGGAAGAUUCUGAAGUUAAGCAAUAGACUCACCUGUUCGGUUCGGUGAGCCUUUUUAUCAUCAUCAUGUAUGUUUCUAUAUAAGUAGAACCCAAACAGCAAUAAAAAAUUCUCUCUUCCUUUUCUUCAAUUGAGAGAAGCUCUGGAAUUGUAUUGGGUUUGUGUCCAUUGACGAUAAUGUGGUGCAGCGGGUAUUCUAAGAAGGGGGUCGAGAUUUCUACCAACAACCCUCUAGUUCUUCAUCUUCAUCUUCAAUCAUCCAAUCCCUACCUCUUCAUGUGGUUAUGGGCUAGCUGGGUAUGCUUUAUUUGUAGCAGUGUAUGCUGGCUUAGAAAUCCUUGCAAUACCAGCUAUCCCGUUAACCAUGUUAGCUGGUCUGCUAUUUGGUUAUAUUAUUGGCACUAUCAUUGUCUCUAUUAGUGGAACGGUGGCUGCAAGCGUUUCCUUUCUAAUUGCCAGAUAUUUUUCCCAUGAUCGUAUUCUUAAAUUGGUGGAAGAAAACAAGAAAUUUCUUGCGAUUGACAAGACAAGAAAUGCAACAGGGUUAGUUGAUCCAGCUAUUGCCGUGAGUAUAGGUGCCUUAACAUAUACAUUGGGCACCCUCGUCCCUAUGAUAAGAGCAAGUGGAUUUGCUACAGCUGCACCUGUAACUGCUAUAAAACUGUUGCCGGUAGUUUUAGAUAAUCUCUCAAUAGUUAUCGAUAUGUUUAGAAAGCUAGAUAUGCAUAGUUUUGGGUGGUUUAAACUUUUUGUACAGUUUAGAACUUAAAGAUAUAGUUUUCGAAUCUUUAGAAUGUAUAGACAAUUGUUGAUUGUUUAUUAUUUAUGGAUAUAGUUUCUUUUUGAUGU